AUGUUCAAGAAUUCGCGCUCAACUGAACGCGCCGCGGGGCGGGAGCAUAUCCCGAUCUACCCCAAGGGCUUCAUCGCCAUUCGCAUCAUCCAGCUGGUCAUUGCUGUGAUCAUCCUCGGUCUUAUUGCCUACUCACUGUCUCUGAUCAUCUUCGACGGAAACAGCUUGAACAUCUUCACUGCUAUUGCAACUAUCAUCAUCAGCAUCUACUACAUCGUCGCUGAGUUUGGCGCCCCCAAGCUUUACAACUACUGGGCGGCCAUGUCCCUGGACAUUUUCAUGGUCAUCUUCUGGAUCACCUCGUUCGCCCUCCUCGCCUCUGAGGUUGCGCCUUACAUGAAGGGCUACUGCGACUACUACUACUGCUACUCUCUGUCUGGCACGGACCUGGUUGUGGCUUCGUGCCUGGCCGCAGCUGCUGGCCUGGGCGGCCUUGAGUUCGUUCUGUUCUCCAUCUCCCUCAUCAUCCACUCCAUCAUGAUGCACCGUCACCGCAAGGCCGGCCUGCACUGCAACCCCAUCGGCAGCGGCACCGCCGCGGGUGUCGCCCCCAGCAGCAUGCCCGCGUCGAGCGUCCAGCAGCCCGUGCAGGCCGAGAAGCCGCACGUCAUGCCCUCGUACACUGCCGUGCCCCAGCAGCAGCAGCAGCAGCAGCAGCAACCUCAGGGUGUCCCGCCCCAGGUCUACAUGCAGCAACAGCAGGGCUAUCCCCAGCAGACCAUGACGCCUCCUCCCCAGCAGCCGUAUGGCGCGCCUAUGGCCCAGCCUACCCCUUACUACCCCCAGCAGACGCCCAGCCCGCUGGUCGCGCAGCAGACAGGGCCGUAUGCGGCGCCGCCUCAGCAGGGCGUUCCGGCCCCUCAUCCUGGCCACUACGAGGCUCAGGGCACGCAGGUGCCUCAGCAGUAUCAGCAGUAA